AUGCAAAGUGAUGAUGUCGUUUCUUCUUCAAGACGUAUAGUAACUCUUGAACAAUUCAUUGUGGAUACUUUCAGUAGGAUAGGUGAAGAUGGCAUCGAGAGACCUGUCGAUCAACCUGAUCAAAUAGGAGGAGGGGGAACAUAUGCUAUAAUCGGAGCCAGGAUUUUCGUAAGCCCUUGCAGGCUCGGUAUGAUCGUAGAUUAUACUUCUUCUACUCUACCGGAGUCUAUGCGUGAUACGCUGGAGCGGUUCGGAGAAGAAAUGUGGGCUUUCAGAGGAAGGGCAGAUGGGCAUCCUACAGCUAGUGCAAUCAAUCGAUAUCAAGGUCAAACAAGGGGUUUCGAAUACCUCACUGAACCUCUUCUUCUUACUCCUCUUUCUCUUCUGAAUACGGCUUUUGGGGAUCCGUUACCCUCCGCAGUCCACUUCAUCUCGUACCCCGCUCCGAGGGCUGAACGAGUUCUGUCCGAAAUAACAUCACUAAAUGCGACAAAGGGCUGGAAUCCUAUGGUGAUCUGGGAGCCAGAAGCGGAGAGCUUAGAGGUUAUAGGACGUGUUUCCAAAGACAUAGAUGUUAUUGGACCAAACCACCAUGAAGUAUCGCGUCUUCUCCCUUCGCUUCUUCCCACUUCAAGCCAAGAAGAACAUCUUCGAGACUUCUACAGUCAAGCGUGUAUAGAAUUCCUGAAGUACAAACCGAAAAUUGGAGUGGUCGUGAGAUGUGGUCAUUUGGGAUGCUGCUUCUCCACUACUCCUGACCCCACCUCCAUUUCUUGUUCUCCCUCGAAGAUUGAGGUUAAAUGGAUACCGGCGUAUUGGCAUCUGAAUAGAAAAGGUUGGAAUGAAGGAAGAGUCGUCGAUCCAACAGGUGCAGGAAACGCUUUCAUGGGUGGAUUGGCAGCUGCCUUAGAUUCUGGUGAAUCACUGGACGAAGCUGUGAUAUGGGGGAGUGUGGCUGCUUCUUUCACUAUUGAACAAGAUGGUCUACCUACACUGACGCGGAAGAAUGGAAAAGAGCUUUGGAAUGGGGAAGAUCCGUGGGAUAGGGUGCAAGAGAUGCAGAGAGACGUUGGAAAUCUACCAUGA